UCUAACAAGGCCAAGCAGCGAGCUGGUACCCCUUCAGAUCUAGCCUUCUAGUCAGGGCAGACGUCACAUCAAAAUAUAUAAUUCAUUCUUCGUCUCCUAAUACAUUUCCGUUUCCAUUUCCAUUCCCAUUUCCAUUUCUAUCCCAUCGAUUCUUCUUCUCCUCUUUUCCUUAUAUCCUUUGCUUGCGAACCAUACUCUCUAGCAAAGUUGGUCUCAUCUUCCAUCCGUCUAUCGUCCACCAUCUAUCAUCAUGGUUUCCCCAAAUAGCUCGAUGGAAGCUACUGGUGGUGCUGCACAAGGCCAAAAUGCCUUCUACUCCAACCCCGAAAAGAAUACUCGAGUAAACGAAAAUCUCAAAGUUCCUUCUAUCACACUGCGUACCAUCUUCAUGACCAUAUUGGUUGCCAUGGGUGGAUUUAUCUUUGGUUAUGACACUGGUCAAAUUUCUGGAUUUUUGGAAAUGCAUGUUUUCCUGCAGAGGUUUGGAGAAAAAAGUAGUAAUCUAGUGGCACAUCCUGCUGGCUAUUAUUUCACGAAUGUGCGGUCUGGAUUGAUUGUUGGCUUGGUAGGUCCUUUCUUCAUCCUCCAAUUCGAGGGCAUGCAAAAAUGCAUUUACUAAUUAGUUCUCCAGUUAUCGAUCGGCACAUUGAUAGGAUGUUUGUGUGCUGGACCUCUUGCCAAUAGAUUCGGACGCAGAAUAUGUAUUCCACCUUCCUGUAUGAUCUUUUGUAUUGGUGUUGUUAUACAAAUGGCUGUUGGCAAAGGUGAAUGGAUGGGAAUUGUAAUGGGAAGAUGGGUUGCUGGUUUGGGAGUUGGUGCACUGUCUGUCCUUGUACCAAUGUACAUGGCUGAAACCUCUCCUGUUCCAGUGAGAGGAGCUGUUAUUUCGUGAGUAUUCCUUUUCCGGUAUCCUUCAAAGUUCAAAAUCUCCAUUGUUUCAAACGAGGUCGAUAAUCAGGGAUGCCCAGCUAACGCGCUAUAUCACAGAUGUUAUCAACUCUUCAUCACUAUCGGUAUCUUCACCGCCGACUGCAUCAACUAUGGGACUGAAGCCUUCAAAAGUACAGCUUCCUACCGAAUUCCAAUGGGCGUUGGCUUCAUCUGGGCAAUUAUUCUUGGUAUCGGUAUCCUCCUCCUUCCAGAAACUCCUAGAUACAAUUGGAAUCAUGGAAAGCCCGAAAAAGCUCAAGAAACCAUGGCCGCUUUCUACGGUGUCGAGGAAUCACAUCCAAUGAUCCGGAGCGAGGUCGCGGAAAUCGAGAAAGUUCGUGCGGCAACUGUUGGUGACCAUCCAUGGUAUGAAGCCGUUACCGGCCCAAGGAUGCUUUACAGAGUUUCUCUCGCAAUGGCCUUGCAAAUGUUACAACAACUUAGUGGUGCCAAUUACUUCUUCUAUUACGGUACAUCCAUCUUCGCUGGCGUCGGUAUCAAAAACUCCUAUGUCACCGCUAUGAUUCUUGGUGGUGUAAACGUUGGAGCCACUUUCUUUGGUGUUUACAUGGCCCGUCACUUCCGUCGUCGCGAAAGCUUAUACAUCGCCGCUUUGUGGCAAACCAUGUGUUUCCUCAUUUUUGCAUCCGUCGGACAAUUUAUUUUCAAGGAUGCCGCAGAAGGAAGUCACACUGCUAAAACUUCUGGAACCGUUAUGAUUGUCUUUGCUUGUCUUUUCAUCGUCGGUUUUGCCAGCACAUGGGGACCCCUCGUCUGGGCAUGCAUUGGAGAAAUGUUCCCAUACAGAUACCGAGCCGUCGCAAUGGCUUUUGCUACAUCGGCCAAUUGGUUCUGGAAUUUCAUGCUUGCAUUUUUUACCCCCUUCAUCACGCAAGAUAUCAAUUAUGCAUAUGGAUAUGUCUUUGCAGGUUGUAAUUUUGCAGCUUUCUUCGUCGUUUUCUUUUUCCUUGUUGAAUCGAGCGGGAAGACGUUGGAAGAAGUGGAUGCCAUGUAUCUGAUGGGGGUCAGGCCUAUUGGAAGUCAUGCUUUCCAAUUUGAUAGCGAGCUGAGGGAGUCUUUGGGUACUGAUAUUAAUACCGAUGCCAUGAAUUUGGAGACCAGAAAUGGUAGACUCCAGAAAGUUAAUGAAGCCGGUCAGGGUGGUGUUUUCCACGACGAGGGCCUUUCAGGAAACAUGAAGGAGUAGGGUCGAAAUCCGGAUGUGAGAUUUCGAGGAAAUUGGCCUGUCAAUGGCUUGGCGGCUAAGUUCGGUUGAGACGCCUUGGAAAAGCCGGCGUGUCACCGCGUAGCGGGUCCCAGAUGAGAUGAUGACAUUUUCGUUUUUGUUUAUUAUUAUGUUGAUGUCUAAUGAUUGUCUUGUUUUGCAAUGCAUAGCGUGGGCUGGAUUGGAAUGGCUUUUGCCCUGUAUAUAUGUAUACCACGAAUAUUUAUUUAAUUGAUUGAUGAAUAAAGUA